AUGGAUAAUUACGAAUAUAUGGAAGAAUCGACUAUCCCUGUUGAUUUGAUAUGUAAACUUUGUAAAAAGCCAUUUAUUGAUCCAGUUAUUUUACCUUCGCCAUGUGAACAAACAUUCUGUUUAAAAUGUAUUCAAACUAAUCUUGAAAAUCAUUCGAAUAACUGUUCAGAAUGUAAUAAAAAACCUUUAUCAAAUAAUGAUUUAAAAAGUGAAAAUCCAAUUCUACGAAAAAUGCUUGGUAAACUUCUUGUAAAAUGUUGUUCUUGUUCUGAAGAAAAUAUUCAACGAUCAAAUUUUUCCGAACAUAUUCAACAACAAUGUCCAAAAAGAAUUGUUGAUUGUUCAGCUAAUGAUAUUCUAUGUCCAUGGAAUGGACAUUAUGAUGAAUUAAAUGAACAUUUCAAUCAAUGUCCAUAUGAAAAACUUCGAACUGUUCUUAUUAAACUUAUUAAUGAUGCUCGACGUAUUGAUGAAUUAAAUCAACUUCAAAUAGAUUUUCAAAGUCUUGAAAAUAAAUAUCAAGAACAACAAAAUCGAAUUCAACAAAUUGAAAAUGAAAAUGAAAUUUUAAAUAAUCAAAUCAAUGAAAUGAAAAAAUUUGAAAGUGAAAAUAAAAAUUUAAAUGAACAAUUAAAUAAAUUGGAAAAUUUUGAAAUUGAAAAUAAAUCUUUAAAUGAAAAAAUUGAUGAACACAUAAAUGAAAUAAAUGAAUUAAAAUCUAAAAAUCAAUUAAUUCAAGAUCAAUGUGAUCAAUAUGAAAUAAAUAAUAAUGAUAUUGAAAUUGAAUUGAAAAUCCUUAAUAAAUCUUUACAAUUAACAAAUAUUGUUAUUGAAAAUUUUCAAGCAAAAAUAAAAUUUUUUCAAGAAAAUCUAAAUCAAUUGAAUCUUACUCAAAUAAAUAAUCAAACUUUAAAUGAACUUUAUCAACAACAACAAAUACAAAAUGAUUCUCUCGAUAAACAAAAUCAAUAUUUACAAGAAACAAUUGUUAUUUAUGAACAAGAACUUGAACACUUACAAGAAUACUGUAAACAGAUUGAUGCAGAUAAUCAACAAUAUUUUCUAAAUAAUAAAGAAAAUGAUCAUUUAAAAGUACGGUUAACUGAAUAUGAAAAAGAAAAUGAUCAUUUAAAAGUACGAUUAAUUGAAUAUGAAAAAGAAAUUGAACAGUUAAAACAAUACUGCAAACAGAUUGAAGCAGCUAAUCAACAAUAUUUUCUAAUUAAUGAAGAAAAUAAUCACUUAAAAGCACAAUUAAUUGAAUAUGAAAAACAAAUUGAACAGUUAAAACAAUACUGCAAACAGAUUGAAGCAGCUAAUCAACAAUAUUUUCUAAUUAAUGAAGAAAAUGAUCACUUAAAAGUACGAUUAAUUGAAUAUGAAAAACAAAUUGAACAGUUAAAACAAUACUGCGAACAGAUUGAAGCAAAUAAUCAACAACUUAUUGAACAAUCUAUUCAAUAUAAAAUAAAAAUUGAUCAACUUACUAUUAAUAUUAAACGACUAGAAGCGAAAUUAGAUCGACCAGUUAUUCAGUCACAUAUCAUAGCUGAUCAAAUUACUUAUCAUAAUAAUCAACUUGUAGAAUUGAUUGACAAAUGCCAAACAGGUGAACUUAUUAAUUUAAAUGGUCAAAAAAUAAAUGAUCAUGAUAUUGAUAUUGUUAUUAAUAAAGCAUUAAUUAAUAAACAAUGUCAAUCACUUAUUUUAUGGAAUAAUUGUUUAACAUCAUAUUCAAUAUCAAGAUUAUUUUCUUUCUUAAACAUGAAUAUUACAUUAAAAAAAUUGAGUAUUUCGAACAAUCAUUUAUCUGAUGAAUCUAUAAAAUCAUUAUCAGAAUCACUUUCAUUUAAAAAUGUAACAUUAAAAGAAUUAGUUCUUUCUUCAAAUGAAAUAACUGAUCAAGGUCUUAUUUAUUUAUCGGAUAUGUUAAAAACAAAUGAAACUUUAAUUGUACUUGGAUUACAAGAUAAUAAUAUAACUGAUAAAGCUAUUCAAUAUUUGUGUCAAGUUAUUCAAUCUGAUAAUAAAACAAUUGAAGAAAUAAGUUUAUAUUCAAAUAAAUUAAUCACUGAUACAAGUAUUGAUUAUAUAUUUAAUAUGAUUACAAAUAAUCAAUCAUUAAAAACAUUUUGGAUAUGGAAUUGUCACUUAUCUAAACAAGGUAAACAUAAACUUCAACAAUCUAUACAAUCGAAAAGUGAUUUUGAUCUUCGACUAUAA